GUGACCACCCUGACCCCCCGGUGUCAUGGCAAGGGGCCAGGAGGAGGAGGAGGAGGAGGAAGAGGAAGAGAAGAGGGCUGAGGAUGGCGAGGAUGGUGAGGAUGAAGAUGAGAAGAAUGAAGAUGAGAAAGGUGAGGAAGGUGAGGAUGAUGAUGAAGCUGAGGAUCAUAAGGAUGAAGACCAUGAGGAUGAGGAUGGUGAGGACAGUGAGGAUGAGGGUGUUGAGGAUGAGGAGGGUGAGGAGGGUGAGGAUGAAGAUGAAGACCAUGAGGAUGAGGACGGUGAGGAAGGUGAGGAUGAGAAUGUUGAGGAUGAAGAUGAGAAGGAUGAGGAGGAGGAUGGUGACGAGGAUGAAUCUGAGGAUCGUGAGGAUGAAGAUGAAAAUCAUGAGGAUGAGAACGGUGAGGAUGAGGGUGUUGAGGAUGAGGACGGUGAGGAAGGUGAGGAUGAAGAUGAGAAGGAUGAGGAGGAAGAUGAGGAUGGUGAUGAUGAUGAAGCUGAGGAUUGUGAAGAUGAAGACCAUGAGGAUGAGGAUGGUGAGGAAGCUGAGGAUGAAGACCAUGAGGAUGAGGAUGGUGAGGAAGGUGAGGAUGAGGAUGGUGAGGAAGGUGAGGGUGAGGAGGAUGAGGAGGAGGACGGGGAUGGUGACAACGAGAACGCAGCGUGGUGAGGAUGAGGAGCGUGAGGAUGAAGAUGAGAAUGGCGAGGAUGAGGAGGAUGGCGAGGAUGAGGAGAAGGGUGAGGAUGAGGAGCGUGAGGAUGAAGAUGAGAAGGGCGAGGAUGAGGAGGAUGGCGAGGAUGAGGACACUGGAAUGGAAGAGGAUGAGGAGGGUGAGGAUGAGGAUGGUCACAACGACACCGAGAGUAGUGAGGGUGAGGAUGAUGAAGAUGAGGAUGAUGAAGAUGGUGAGAAAAGUGAGGAUGAGGACCCUGGGAUGGGAGGGGAUGAGGAGGGUGAGAACGAGGAUGAUGAAGAUGAGAACGAUGAAGAUGAGAAUGAUGAAGAUGAGAACGAUGAAGAUGCUGAUAAGGGUGAGAAGAACACUGGGAUGGGAGAGGAUGAGGAGGGUGAGGACGAGGAUGAUGAAGAUGAGAACGAUGAAGAUGAGAACGAUGAAGAUGAGAACGAUGAAGAUGCUGAUAAGGGUGAGAAGAACACUGGGAUGGGAGAGGAUGAGGAGGGUGAGGAUGAGGAUGGUGAAGAUUAGAGUGAUGAAGAUGAGAAUGAUGAAGAUGAGAACGAUGAAGAUGCUGAUAAGGGUGAGAAGAACACUGGGAUGGGAGAGGAU